UUUUUUUCCCCCCAGAAGGAUUUGCCCCUGCCUCGCAAGAGCAGCAGCUGUCGAACAAGCAACAGGAAAAGUCUCAUCUUGACCACCACCUCCCCCACUCUGCCUCGCCCACACUCCCCCCUCCCUCUCCCUGGACACCUUGGAAGCAGUCCACUGGACAGCCCGAGAAACUUCUCCCCGAGCACCCCUGCUCACUUCUCCUUUGCCUCCUCCAGAAGAGCUGAUGGACGGCGUUGGUCUUUAGCGUCUUUGCCCUCGUCUGGUUACGGCACAAACACUCCAAGCUCAACGUCGUCCAGCUCUUCUCAGGAGCGGCUGCACCAGCUGCCCUUCCAGCCCACCAUGGAUGAGCUCCACUUCUUAUCCAAGCACUUUGGCAGCACGGAGAGCAUCACAGACGAUGACGGCGGACGCUCCUCUCCGCAUAUGCGACCGCGCUCCCGCAGUCUCAGCCCAGGACGCUCCUCUUCCUGCUAUGACAACGAGAUAGUCAUGAUGAACCAUGUGUACAAGGAGCGCUUUCCAAAGGCCACUGCUCAGAUGGAAGGGAGGCUUGCAGAGUUCAUCCAAGCUUACUCUCCGGAAAACGUUCUCCCGCUGGCCGACGGCGUUCUCAGCUUCAUCCACCACCAGAUCGCCGAGCUCUCCAGGGACUGCCUGACCAAAUCCUGUGAGGGACUCAUCACUUCUGUAUACUUCUUCGAGCUGCAGGAAAACCUGGAGAAGCUCCUCCAUGACGCCUUUGAGCGUUCAGAGAGCUCGGAGGUGGCUUUCGUCACCGAGCUUGUGAAGAAGCUUCUCAUCAUCAUUUCCCGACCGGCCAGGCUCUUGGAGUGCCUGGAAUUCAACCCUGAGGAGUUCUACCAUCUGCUGGAGGCAGCAGAGGAUGUUGCCAAGGAGGGUCACCUGAUGAAAACUGACAUCCCUCGUUAUAUUGUCAGCCAGCUGGGACUCACCAGGGACCCGAUUGAAGAGAUGGUCAACCUUGAUAAUUAUGACAAUGAAGGACCUCAAACACCAGAAACAGAUGACUCAGCAGAGGGUAAGAUUAGAGCGAUGAAGCCACCAGGUGAAGCUGACUUCCAGACCAUCAAGCUCAUUAGCCAUGGAGCUUAUGGCGCUGUGUAUCUGGUCCGACACCUGGAGACACGUCAGCGUUUUGCCAUGAAGAAAAUUAACAAACAAAACCUGAUCCUACGGAACCAGAUCCAACAGGCCUUUGUCGAGAGAGACAUCCUCACAUUUGCCGAGAACCCUUUCGUGGUCUCCAUGUUCUGCUCCUUUGAGACCCGUCGGCACUUGUGCAUGCUCAUGGAGUAUGUGGAAGGAGGAGAUUGUGCAACACUGCUGAAGAAUAUUGGGGCUCUGCCAGUGGAAAUGGCCCGGAUGUACUUUGCCGAAACAGUCCUUGCGCUUGAAUACUUACACAACUACGGCAUUGUUCACCGUGAUCUCAAACCUGACAACCUUCUAAUAACAUCUAUGGGCCACAUCAAACUUACAGACUUUGGCCUGUCUAAGAUGGGUCUCAUGAGUCUGACCACCAACCUUUAUGAGGGACAUAUUGAGAAAGACACGCGUGAGUUCUUGGAUAAGCAGGUGUGUGGAACCCCAGAGUAUAUUGCUCCCGAGGUAAUUCUUCGUCAAGGUUACGGAAAGCCGGUGGACUGGUGGGCCAUGGGAAUCAUCUUGUAUGAGUUUUUGGUGGGCUGUGUGCCUUUCUUUGGAGACACUCCAGAGGAGCUGUUUGGCCAGGUCAUAACAGAUGACAUUGUGUGGCCUGAAGGAGAUGAGGCACUCCCUGUUGAUGCCCAACACCUCAUCUCCUCUCUUUUACAGACAAAUCCACUUGUUCGACUGGGAACAGGGGGUGCUUUUGAAGUUAAGCAGCACUCCUUCUUCACAGAGGUGAACUGGAACAGCUUGCUGAGACAAAAGGCCGAGUUCAUCCCUCACCUGGAGUCAGAGGAGGACACCAGUUAUUUUGACACCCGGUCUGAGCGCUACCAUCACGUGCAUUCAUAUGAUGAGGAUGAUACCAAUGAUGACGAACCUGUGGAGUUACAUCGCUUUUCUUCGUGUUCACCCCGCUUUAGCAAGGUGUACAGCAGUAUGGAACAUCUGUCGCAGCUGGAGCAGAAAUCCCCAAGUGUAACUUUAAGGGAGCACAAAGUUCCUAAAGAGGAUCGGAUGGGUAAGAGAGAAAGCCUGGGGAGUUUUACACUCAGGGACAAGAGCUGGAGGACUGGAUCACCUGAAAUGAAGCGUUUGUCCUGCUCAGAGUCGUCCUUCACCGAGAGCGACUACAGUCCUCCAUCCGGAGCCCGGAGGCGGUUCUCUGCCCUCAUGGACACGCACCGUUUGGCCUCACCUUUGGAGUUCGAUUCGGAGCAGUCCCUAACGAGGGGCCAACCACACGUCAAGGCCAGGGGCACCUCCCUGGAAGGAGCUAUGAGUGCCAUUUCUUCACAAGGCGAUCUCAGGACUUUCCUUAAAGAAAGCAACGGGUUCACAACUGGCACCAGUGCAAGUGUUCUGGGGCUUCCAGAGCUCCAAGGCCCCAGAGGGGCCACCAGUGACUUAGUGCUGCGGAGAGUUCGGCAUCAGCAGCUCUCGGCUGAGGGAGAAAAACGGAACUCUCGACCUGGCAAUAAAGUGAUCAAAUCUGCUUCUGCUACUGCUUUAUCUGUCAUCAUUCCCACAGUGGAGCAACAUGGUGCCUCCCCCCUGGCGAGCCCCAUGUCUCCUCGCUCCCUUUCGUCCAAUCCCUCCUCUCGGGAUUCCUCUCCCAGUCGAGACUACUGUCCUGUGGUAAACGUCCUGCAUUCCCCAAUCACCAUCCACCGCUCUGGGAAGAAGUAUGGCUUUACUCUCCGAGCAAUUCGAGUCUACAUAGGAGACAGCGAUGUCUACAGUGUACACCAUAUGAUCUGGCAUGUGGAGGAUGGAGGCCCCGCCCAUGAGGCAGGACUUAGUGCAGGUGACCUCAUCACUCAUGUAAAUGGAGAGUCAGUUCACGGUCUAGUCCAUACAGAAGUGGUGGAGCUCAUCCUGAAGAGUGGAAACAAGGUGACCGUUACAACGACUCCCUUUGAGAACACCUCUAUAAAAUUGGGACCUGCACGCAAGACCAGCUAUAAAUGCAAAAUGGCACGACGCAGCAAAAGACCAGGAGCCAAAGAGGGGCAAGAUAAGAAGCGUAGCUCCCUGUUCAGAAAAAUCACCAAGCAGUCCAAUUUGCUCCACACCAGUCGGAGCCUCUCCUCUUUGAACCGGUCUCUAUCAUCUGGAGACAGUUUGCCCGGAUCUCCUACCCACGGCUUCUGUGCCCGCUCCCCGACUCAGACAUAUCGUUCCACUCUGGAAUCCCCAUACAUGGGCACUUCCUCACAGAGCAGCUCCCCGGCAUCCAGCACUCCCAACUCCCCAGCCGCAUCGCACCACAUGAGGCCCAGCUCUCUGCAUGGCCUGUCGCCCAAACUUCACCGCCAGUACCGUUCUGCUCGCUGCAAAUCUGCUGGCAACAUCCCCUUAUCGCCUUUAGCCCACACCCCCUCCCCUACCACAUCUUCCCCGCCGCCUCUGAGCGGCCACACUAUCGGCAGCUCCAACACCACGCAGACGUUCCCCGUCAAGCUACACUCGUCACCGCCGGUUGCCCGUCCUCGGCCCAAGAGUGCAGAGCCACCCAGAUCCCCCCUCCUGCAGCGGGUUCAGUCGGCAGAGAAGCUUGGCGCGCCGAUUCUGCCUUCUUCCUCAUCAUCAUCCUCGUCGCCUUCUCCUCUGACGGGAGGGGUGUGCCUCCGCAAGCACAAUUUGGAGGUGACUCAUGGGGACUACAGGAGAGAGUCCUUCCACUGUGAGCACAGCCUGCAGAGUCUGCUUGAGAUGGAGGGAGAGAAUGGACCUGCUCCACCUUCUCCUUCGUCCUCGUCCUCUCCUUCUCCACCUUUAUCGGGGGAAACCAAUAGUCUGCAACAUGUUCGAAGGCUGGGAAGGCAGGAAUCACCGCUGAGCCGUGACACAAUGGUACCGGUAACAGAGACAGAUAUUCAAACCAUGGCAUCAGAUCUCAUUGGGUCCAAUGGUGAGACCAAACCAACAAAAAGUGCAUCCUACGUUGACCCAAAUAAAACAUUAUCCACUGCUCGGGUUCUACAGAGUUCAUCUGCAAUUGAGACAACCCCUCCUCCAGUAACAGCCGCGUCCACCACACAGACCAAACCGAAACAUGGGGUCAAACCUUUAAAUGCAAGCAUUGCAACUUCUGAGGCUGUGUUCUCUAAGAGCAAACCUUGUGAGAAAAUCUCCCCUCCGGGGACAACAAAGUGCCUCCCACCACACGAGAAGAAGCAGAAGGAUGCGCACACAGAAAGUGUCUCUUCAACCAAAACUGCCGAAGACAAAACCAAAUACAUAGCGGGUACAGAGAAAGGUGGCUGUCGCAAAGGAUCGAAUACAGAGUUGACUAAACCUCGUAAAAGUACGGAGGCCAUUGGGAAGGAAUGUAAUGGUGGUGAUAAAAAAACAGAGACGACGAAGUUUAUAGGUCCUGCACCCCCAGUUCCCACCUCAGAGCAGGUUCACAGUGCAUCAAAUGUACCAGUUGUUGGCAGUUUCAAAAUGGAGAGGCUGUCAAAGAGCUACCGGGGAGUGAAAGAGGAAAGGGCACACUUGGAGGUGUUGGAAGAAAACCCCAUGUCUCCUUCUUCCAAUGCAUCCUCACCGUGUUCGAGCAAGCCACGCGUCAUGUCACCCGGGGACAAGGCCAGCUUUGUCACGCAGCUCACAAGCGUCGCCAAGACGGUACUUGGGCCUAUGAAAGGGGGGUCACAAGAUGGGUCCAGGGGCAAAGACACCUCUAAGUCAAGUGAGGAGAAACGAGGCAGCUCAGCGGGAAAAGCGGAGGCUUCCUGUGCAGCUGGGCGCCGUGGGGCUCAAACAUCUGCCGGUAGCACUCUCCAAUUGGAUAAAGGAAACACUCGGAGCUCAAAGCAUCAUUCAUGAUGAAGAAGACCCUCCAAUGCAUUGCCUUUUACUGUAGAAGCAUCCAAACAUAUCAAAUAAAUUAACACGUUUUUAACAAACAUAAAUGCCUGAACAGAAAUAAUCUGCAUCCGAGACUUUGGACUAAAUGGGGAUACAAAAUAAGAUACAUCAACUACUAUUUAAAAAUGUGUGCGCAGUGUAGCAAAUUAUAGGCCUGUGGAUGUCUUUGUCACAACGUGGUUUAGAUGUAUUUAAAAAAAAUGCAUGCUGUACGCAAAAACUCAAAGAAAUUUAGAAAGUAGAUGAAAAAUUACAACAAAAUAAAUAAAUAAAUACUGAGGACCUUAAGGUAGUAAACACUGUGAACAACUUUGCAACCAUCUAAACAUGCAAACCACAUUCCAUUUACUUAGUUUGGUUAAGUUUAUUUCGCAAAAUGAUAUAAUUAAGUUGUGUAUCAUAAAACAACAGAGGGAAAAAAUUGACUCAGGCACUCGAGUCUGGACCAAAAUACUUGUUGUCAAAAGGAGCUGGCUGGUGUUCCAAUUGGUUCAAGGGCUGUUAUUCCAGGUGGAUAAAAUAUGAGCUGAACUUGCACAGGGACGCUAUGCAAUGUGCUAAUAAUGCCACUUUAGGUGACUAGAAUUACUACGUUUACAUUGUGUUGUCAACCAGUAAAGGUUAAAAAACAAAAACAAAAAAAAGUAGUUGCAAUAAGCAAAGCAAAUGUAUUUUGCUUUCAAAGUUGUCCCUUUUGCUGUGUGCAAUUGCUCCUGUAUGUGAAUUCAUUGUGUGUUGUAGCGUUAUUGAGGACUAAACGGUCAUAAACUCACACUUUAAAAGUUGGUUGAAUAUACAUGUCUUUUCUACAUAUGCUGAUACGAUCCAUUUUAUAUUUCAUAAUUUAUUGUGGAAGAAUGUUGUGGUGUUUUCAUUUGUUUUGUUUACAGUUGAAGGACAUUUGUGUUUGCUAUCAUGUCUAUGAAAAAAUAAUGCAUGUAAAACGUUCUGGACAUUAUUCAUUUCACAAAAAAAAAAAAGACAUUUUAGCAAUCAAUAUAUCAAAAGAGUCUCCUAUGCAAGGAGUAAGGAUAAAUACUCAAACUGAAUGUCCAACCAGCAUUUCUGAUCAGCAUUAAUACUGCAAUUUGAAAAGUGAAAAAAUGAUAAUGUGCUGUAAAUGCAUGCUUUGCCGCAAUGCAGAGUGAAAAUCAAGCAUUACUGUGUGUCAGGUCGGAAAGGUCUUGGAGGAAAAUGGAACGGUUCUGUCAAAAGGCCAUUGUGCACCUUUGAUUUUCAUUAUUUGGCCGCAGUCUGUCGACAGAUGCUGUGAGCUGAGGGAAGGUGGGGGUGGGGGAGAUUUGGAACAUCCCAAACGUUCUGUAACACUUGAGGUACAAUUUGAAUCCUAUUUAGAAAUGCUGUAUAACUGUGUAAGUCAAGUCAAGUCUGGACAUGGACACUCAAAAGUAAUUUCAGAUUAAGUCCUCUAAAUAAUAACAGUACAGGUCACUUGGCAGAUGGGACUCCAGUUACGGCUGUAUGUGAAUUAAUUUUCAUUUGAUUGUUUUAUAUUGAUGUGCUAGGAACUUUAGUGCAGGUUAGCGAUAAAUAUAUCAGGUUAAGAACGUAAGUCUGUCGUAAAAAGUAAAUUUAGCACCCCGUGCCAUUGAUCGGAGUGUUUGUUUAUCCAUCCUGGCCUCUUGGAUUUCAAACGUGCAAUGUUACCUUUGCAUUUAAUUGUAUCAAGAUACGAUAGGGCUUGAGUAUGUUCAUUUGUAAAGCGGCUUGUCCUUCCUCCCUGUGCAUUUUCAAUCUUCUGUUAGUGCGUUUCGCAAAACACCUCCUAAACCUACCUUACACUGCCAUCUUGUGGAUGACAAGCCACAAAGGCUCAUAGGAAUACAGUACAGUAUAGGUUUAGUGAGAAAUGUCUAUUUGUGUGCAUAAUUCUGAUGUCAGUGAACGUUUAUAUGAUUUUAAAGACCACCCACAUAUUACCACUUUUUGUUUCAUCCAAGAUGCGGCCUAGGGCUUCAGCGUGGAAUCACUUGUUUUUGCAUUAAACAAAAAUGUUUUGUGUGUAAAGAGUUGCACCUUAUUAUUUUUUUGUCAGAUAUUGUCUUGUGUUUACCAACUGUUAUUGUAAUAUUAUUGCUACUGCAUUUCAAUGUAUUCAUAUAGUUAAAUAUACAGAUUUACGUUCCAAAUGUAUGCACCCGCCAGUUGGAAACGGUUGCAUUACAUAACUCGCCGUACAAACACGCGCAUACACGAUUUAAAAUGGGCGUAAUUUCGUGUUUCGAUUUCAGUAAACAUAACGUUUGUGUUUGAGAUGGAGAUCGACACUCAUGAAAUUCCAUUCUAUGGAAGAAAAAAAAACACAUUUGGCCCACCAGCCACUCGGUUCUUUGGGGUACAGUAAUUCAUGUUUUCAUGUAUGACAAAGAGGAUGUGUGAUAUAAGUUCCUGUGCUGCAAUUUGGGAGGAGGAAUAAACAAAAUAAAACAAUAA